ACCUGUAUUAUUCUGGUUGUCUCCCAAAAAACCAGCUGCAGUGGUACCCUGGAUCCCGUCCUCGGUUGUCCAGGGCCGGCGCCGGCUCCCCCAAAUCUCCAGGCGCGAGCCGCGUCCCCCAAAUUGCCCUUCGCCGUCGCCUCCCCCUCCUCGCCACCUCCCUCGUGCCGUCGCCGCCUCCCCCUCCUCUCCACUUCCCUCUCGCCGUCGCCGCCUCCCCCUCCUCUCCACUUCCCUCUCGCCGUCGCCGCCUCCCCAAGUCCUCCACCCGCGCCGGCCCAGCAACGCCCCGCGUCGAUCCGCUCCAUCCACGGCCCAGCAACACCGUCCGCCGCGCCCGUCCCCGGCAACGACGCAGCACCCACCACGGCGGCGUCCCUGGAGAGCAACGGAUCGACCCAAUCGCCUCCGAAGAUGGAUGAUUUCUUUAUCGAUCUCAACAAUGAAGCACAGGGUGUUGGUGUUGGAGAAGUUUCUGAAUCUUCCAUGAGUGGUUCUGCUUCCAAGGUGGGGGCAACAAGGAACAAGCAGACCAACUUCUCGGCGUAUGAAGACAACAUGCUCUGCAAAUCGUGGCUGGAAAUUAGCUGUGAUCUUGUUGUAAACACCGGCCAGAGGAAGGAAGCCUUUUGGAUUCGUGUGCUCAAUAGAUACAAUUCCAAAUGCGGCAGCUAUCCGACGAGGACCCAAAAAUCCAUUAUGAGUCGUUGGGAUCACAUCAAGGCUGAAGUAAGCAAGUUCUCUGGAUACAUGGCUGAGAUGAUCCGUUCCAAUCCUAGUGGCAUGUCAGAUGCAGAUAAAUCAGUGGCUGCUGCUGCUGAUUUUGCUAGUGUGGAGAAGCACAAUUUCACUCUCAUGCACUGCUGAAAAAUCCUGAAGGAUGAGCCCAAAUGGAUGGAGCUCAAAAGGAAAGUGGACACCCCUCAAAAUAGUGGUUCCAGGGAAAACAUCCCCCCCCCCCCCCAGUGUGCAGCGAGACAUUUUCGAUCUUCACCCCGAAAAGUCCUCAUCAACUAGCACAUCAAGAAAACGUCCCAUGGGGAGGGACACAUCAAAACAGGCUAAGAAGAAAGCUGCUUCAGCGUCCUCUGAGUGCGUGUCCAAGAUGCAUGACCUAUCUGUUCAGAAGAUUGAGUUAUUCAAGGAAACAGAGGGUGAGCGCAAGGCCCGGCUCGAUGAAAUUGUUACUCUAGAGAAAGUGAAGGUAGAGAAAGCUCGCGAGUACCGCAAGAAGAUGCUGGACAUAGAGAGGGAAAGGUUGGCUCUGGAUAAGCAAAGGUUUCACAAGGAGGCUGAAAAGAAAGAGAAGAAAGAGGACGAGCGCAUUUUGGUCAUUAACCUUGAUCAAUGUCUACCGAUGCAACGCAUGUACUAUCAAGCGCUACAAGAAAUCAUUCAGAAGUUGAUGUCUCAACGUCGUGGACCAACUCAGUGAGGAAGUUGGUGGGAAAUCAUGUUGGUGUGCUGUGAAUAUGGGAUCUUCUAAAUAAAAUUGAAUAGUAUAUGCAGUGUAAUAAGAUUUGUAUCUUCAGGCUUGAACAAGAAACUGAAAUGUUGGUUGUAUUUGAUGACAAUAUCUGGAACUAUAUAUUGGACUGGUUCAGAUGAUGGAAUUAUAAUUUCUGUGAUCAACUGUAUUUUUAUCAACUUAUAUGCUUUUGGGCCAAACUUCACAAAUGUUGCAUUCUGUAUAUGCAGUGUAUA